AUGGGCCAUCGGUCUCCUUGCCAUUCUCCUCCUCCAGCGUGCCGCAACCGCAGCGAUUAUCGGUAUCCCCCACCCCGCAUCCGUGUAUGGCCCCCGCACCUGUUCAUGCUCUUGAUCCCCAUGGGUGAUGCCAAUGAGGGCGAGGCCUACCGCUGCCUCGAACGCGCCGCCUACUUCAACUUCGUGCCUACACUGUACAAGCUCGGCCACACAUAG